CGGAACUCUUUAUCUGUCAACCACCCGCGAAGCCCACACCGAAUUCAAGUAUUGAUUUGUUUACAAGGAGAAAUAGGGGAAGUUUUCAGACCAUCUACCUAUAGCUAAGUCUAACAGCCUUGUCAAAACGAUCUGGAGAUAAUACUUUGAGUUAAUUGUUGGCUUUCGUGUUGGUAUUUAUCAGUGGUUCGUACCAGCUGAAAGCUUUCCCAGAGAACUUUGUGGGUCUUAAUUUUACGACCCUCUUUACGCCGGGUGUUUUAUCGAUUGCGCACUCCCGGGUCUGAUACGACGUUAAGUUUUUCGUCUAAGACGCGAUAAAGAUUCUAAAAUGCGUGAGUGUGUUUCUGUUGGUUUAUCAAUCAGUAUCUGUUUUUAUUUUUCUAUAACUUAUAAUAGCAGUAAAAUCUGAAAUAUCUUGAAUGAUUUAUUAAAAAAAAGUUUUAAUUGAGAUGGAAAGUGUUGUGGUUGUUAAUUAAAGUGUAAUUAUAAUAUCUAUAGUCAUGUAUGGGUUGUUGGAUAUCGGGCUAAGGACUGAUUAUAUGGUGGAAUGGCCAGUGGCAGGUUGCAAGUCCCACAAGGGGCUGCGCAUUUGGAUACAGUGAGGUCUCUGCAUCAAACUGUUGUAUCUUUGAGGACUGCUUUAGAAGUAUCAAAGAAUGAAUUGAGAGAGUUAAAGCAAAAAUAUGAGCAACAUUCUAAUUGCUUAGAGUAUGCUGAUGUUAUAGAAAAAUUGACUGUUGAGAACCAUAUUCUAAGAAGGAAAAUCAUUGAUUCAGGAUUGGAUGACAGAGAGGCUUCGGAGAAUAUAAAACUAAAAGUUAGUAAUGUUGAGGAAUGUGUAAAUAAUCAACUUAAAGCUGAAACUACAACUUCUGAUAACAAUAAAGAAGUUGCAGAUAAAUCAGUAGACUUGGAUGAAAUAAGUAAUUAUUCACCAUCAGAAAGGCUUGAAAAUAUCCAAGAGGAGAAUUCUAAAUCAAGUAUAACUGAUAUAGAAUCACCUAGACUUCAGUCAGAUAUUUCUGAGGAACCUAAAAGUCAGAUUACAGUAACCGAAGAUAAAGGUAAUAUACCAAGCUAUAAAACUAAAUUGGAAUUAUUAUCUAAAUUUGAUGUUAAAAUAAAAGUAAGAACAUUGAAAGAAGGUAAUAUUUCAACAACUGCUUCAGAAACAGAUUCAAGUGAAAAUCAAAAGAAAGAAGGUCCUAGAAAGGAAUCACAAGAUUCACAAGCUAGUUUCCAAUUUAAAGAGAAAAAGGAACAUUUUGAUAAUUUCAUAGACUUGGAUGGGAAUGAGUUAAAUUUUAAAACAGUGUCUAAAGAAAACAUCAAAAUGGCGGUUCCUAAUGAAGCAGAGGUGAAGUCCAAGGUAGAUAAAUUUGAUGUACAAGUGAGAAUUACAUCUGAAGAGAAUUUGGUUGUUAAAGAAAGCACUGAACGACUUAGAAGAAAGGACACACUUAAUUUGGAUGUUGAUGAUUUGAGUCUUAGAUCUCUGUCAGAAGGUGAUAACUCCGUGUUCUCUGAAGGUGGGACCACGCCAAUGGAGCCCCGGCCGCCUGAUGACAGAGAGGAUGCUAGUGGCAAUGAGUCAGAAGAGGUCGACGAUAUAGAACUCAUAUUCACUACAGAUGAGUCCAAAGAUAUUAGUAAUUUGCAGGAAGACCUAGUGUCAAUUCGUGAUUCCGAACAAUGGGUACCAAACUCCGCAUCCACUAUCCACUCUACGCCUGUGCUAAUUAAAUUCCACACCCUCGAUCCUGACUUUCAACCUGGCGAAAGACCAGAUAAUGUUGACAUCCGAGAAACCGGAAACGAAGGCGUCAUCGGCGAUUCAUUCAAACAGAAAAGAGUGUCUCUGCCUAACGACAAAGAAAUUAAACAAGUCGCCUUUAAUGGUAAAGGUAGCUUGGAUCUGCCUGGUCGAGGCAUAUUAAAAAGUUGCGGCAACAAGUCGGACAACAUGUUGUAUAAACGGAGCCCAAACACAAGUACUAGGAGAUUAGACAGUGUUGAUAGUCUAACCUGUGAAUAUAAUAGGGGCUUGAGUUUUGAUAAUACUAAGUCUUCGAGCUUCGAAUUAGGAUCCAGUAUGGAUAUUCUUAACAGAGAGGAAAGUGUGGAUAGCUUCCACAAGACUGGACGUUUUGGACAUCGAUUCUCGUUGUUCGCGGAAACCGAUAUAUCUAAAUGCGGUAUAUCAGAAGACGAUCUCGCGAGCAAUUUUAAUAUACGAAGGAAUACGUGCCCUAAUCCAUUUCAAUAUAGACCGUUGCCGUACCGCGGUACAAUACGCGGCGGGAAGCCUGUGACGUCAUCGCGUCGUCCCGUACUGCGCGAGAGCUGCGGCCCGCGGCGGGAGAGCGCGGCGCAGACUGACAUGUCCGCGCUACCACCCAGGUGGACCUCCGACGGAUAUCUAGCUUAUAAGAGUUCGUCUCGUGUGCUGAGUUGUCCUACGACGGUGCCGCAGCGCGUGACGUCACGGCGGGUGGCGCAGGGCGGCGCGCGGGCUCCGCCCCCCACUCGCCGCGGACACCGCACUGAUGACGCUCGCCGUGUGCUACUCAGCGAUAUUGGAUUUACAUCGAUGGUCCCCGAGUUAUCUCGAUCCGCAGAACCUCUGUGGAACUUGCGUCGUACCGCACCAGAUUCGCCACAGCCCAGACAUCGCGGCGUGUCGUAUCGUUCACCGUGUCUCAGUAUAGACCGGAGCAAUGAUUGGUCAUCCAAUACCAAGUAUACUAGUACUGCCAAAGGAGAGUACCGGGCGUGGCGCGGCUCGCUGCCGGAUGUGAGGAACGACGACACGGAGGAGCUGCUGCAGGAGGCGGAGACCUUCCUGCGACGAUCCAUCGAUAAUAUAACCAUCGCGAUCGACGAACCUGGGUGCGUGGAGCCGGGGCGGGAAGCGGGUAGUGGCGCGGGGCGCGGGCAGCCGUACGUGCCGGGCGAGGCGCGUCAGCUGCGGCUGGGCCACGCCGUCAAACUCAUCACGCCGCAGGGCCGCCUCGCGGUCGGCAGGGUCAGAUACGUGGGUAUAGCGGGGGGUAGCGCUGCCAACAGCGGGGUAGUGGUGGGUGCGGAAUUCUCUCAAGCACAAUACCCCGGGCUGCCUUCCAACGACGGCACCUACCGCGGCCGCCGGUACUUCCUCGCUCCCCCGCACUAUACCGCCAUGUUUGUGCCAUUCUCUAAAGUCGUAAUGGCUUGGGCUAAUUAAAACUAACAAUCCUAUGCCAGUAACUGGCUAGCAUAAUUGAAACACUAUUUGUUUUCAGCAAAUACCGUUCCUGCUAGCCCAGUUCUACUGUCUUACUGUACUAGUCAAAUGUAAACCAGUUGUUAUGCGUUGUUCACUCUUGGUAUUGUGGAUUGCGACAAUAACGACACAUGAUUGCAGUCGUUUAUAUUCUUUUUUGUAUAAAUAGAGAUAUGUGUAAGUCGAAAAGUUUUAGGGAAUUGGGAUAUUUGAUACUGCCCCAAAUUCUUUAUAAUGAUCGUAUGUAUAUUCCAGAAGUCUCUAAUUUGUUAAAUAUACUAGUAUGCUUGUAUAAUGGUAUCUAUAAAUCCUGCUCGAAGGACCAUUUGUGUCCAAAUUCAAUUGAACAGGAAAGUUCAACAUAAAAAUAACU